AUGGUCAAUCUACAAGAACCGAAGAUGAAGAUACAAAUCUAUAACUGUAAUCUUAGAGUUAAAGAAUUAUUAGAUUUAAUUAGGUAUGCCGCUAUUAAUGCAGGCGAUUCAGAGAAUGAAAAUGAUGAAUCUGAUGUUGCCGUUUCAAUCGAAGCAUUAGAAGCUAGUAAUAUACGAACCUAUGAGAAAGCUCUUCGUGCACAACAAAGAGAGAACUACUUGGAGGCACAACAGUUCUAUCAUGAUGUUUUGAAUUCACCGUUGCUCUCGAAUACAUCGGAACAACAGUCGUCGACAAGCACAACGAUGUCAGUGUUAAAGUACUCGACACUGAAGAAUCUUGCUACCAUCAGCGAGUUGGUCGAUGAUCGUGAGCGAGCACUCAACUUUUUCACGCGGGCAAUCGAUAUUGAUGCGAGUGACCUGUUGGUAUGGUACCAUAUCGGUCGGCUGGCAGGUGAGCUACAACGAUGGAAUGUUUCACGUCUUGCAUUCGAACGAGCGUUGCAACUGUCACCCACUCAUUGGAUGUCACUCGAACGCUUGGCAGAGUUACUCUAUAUCAUCGGUGAUAACCAAGCUGCCACUGUCAUCGUUAAACAAGCCAGACAAAUAGAUUCAUCACACUCUAGAAUAUUAUUAUUAGAACAACUAUUAUCAUUUGAAAAAGAACAACAACAACAACAAACUAAUAAUAAUAAUAACAAUAAUAGUUCUAUAAGAAAUGCAAUAGUAAAUAAUGAGAUGGCAAUGGGUUAUUUAAGAAAGUUAGUUGCUAAACGUGAGAAAACAAUUCAAAACAAUAGUAAAGACAAAGAUACAGCAAAUAGUAGUAGUGAAAAAGUAAAAGUAAUAGCAGAUAGUAGUAAUAAUAAUGAAGAAAUUAAAGAUAGUAAUAGUAAUGAGGAUCAGAAAACAAAACAAUUUCAACUUUAUAAACCAUUAGAAAUAUUAAUAGAUUCAAAGACAACAACAACAACAACUACUGCUAAUGCUACAGCUACAAAUGUUCAACAACAACAACAACAAUCAGAACAACUAUUAACAGGUAGUAAUGAUGUUAUUAUGAGUGUAGAACAACAAGUUGAUAAAGAAAAAGAAAAGGAGAAUGAACCUGAAAAAGAGGAGAAGGAUAGUGUAAAGGAGAAAGAUAAGGAAAGUGAAAAAGAGAAAGAUAAAGAUAUAACAAUGACAGAUAGUUCAAAUAGUAUUGUAAAUAACCCGACAAGUACAAUUGUAAUAGUAGAUAGUAGUCCUGCACCUUCUAAUUCAAAUAGUUUGAAUAGUAGUAGUAGUGGUAUAGUUACUGCUGCUGCGGCUGCUUCUGUUGGUUCUACGACAACACAGUUGGUUGCAAAGAGAAGAGCAACAAGAGGUGCCGUCGGUAAUAAAUACGAUGACAAAUCACAAGAGGUAGUAGAUUUCGGUGAGAAGACGUUGAAGACAACUAAAUUGCUGUCACCGAACGUUAUGAACAGUUUGAAUUUCAUGAAUGUAGAUUCUUCUUUGACUUCAGAGGAUGCUGUUGGUGUUGAUGGUUCACAACAACAAAAGUCACCAAAACAACAACAACAACAGCUACAACAUCAGUUGCUACAGGAACGAUUACUUCAUCAACAAUCUGCACAGGUCGACGUCGAAACCAGUCAGAGUUUCGAGAAGAAUAUGGUCUACCAAUUCAUUAGCAACGUUAACCACUCUGACUUUAAAUACACCAUUAUCGAUUGGUUCAUAUCGUAUCUAAACAAAAUAACGAUGUCACAUCAACAGAUAGAUCAAACACUGAUAGCCAAACUCAUAAACAUGUCAAACAUCAUCAACAAAUACAAUUCAAACUUUCAAAAGUAUAUAUUGUUCUUUGCUGAACUAUCAUUCGAUUAUCUAUUCUCAAAGUUAGAACAAUCAAAUGAUAAUAAUAAUAACAAUAAUAAUAGUAAUAAUAGUAAUAAUAAUAAUAUUAUACAACAACAAAUAACAAAAAGACAAAAGAAAGAAGAUGGUUAUUAUAGUAGUUAUAGUAAUGAUAUUGCAAUACAAUCGUUGGAUCUAUCAUAUAUGAUGCAAUUGUUGAAUAGUAAUCGUGAGCAAUUCAAUGAAGAUACCUAUUAUUGUAUUAGGUAUUAUUGGUUGCUUGCACGUUACACCAAGUAUCUUGGUGAUAUCAACUUGGCGAGUGUUUAUUUCGGUAAUUGUGAUGAACGAUUCCAACAGUGGAUUCAACACAACCCGUCGGCACUGAUCAUUCUGCAGCAUUGUAAACACGACCGAUACAUAUCGAAAUCGGCGUUGUCCGAGCGCAUCGAGACACUUCAAGACCAACAGGAAAAGAAUCGUGCCUCUCAACUCUAUGCAACCGGUGAAUUCACCAAAGUCAUCAGCAUACUGGAUCCUCUGUUCCCUGAUGCCUUCUGUCUGUUUGACCCUACCGCCAGCACACCAGCCACCACCACCACCACCGACUUUAAAUCACGUGAGAUCAUCGACACCAACACACGAUCGAAACUCAACAUGAUUGAAUACCUCUUACAAUCCUAUCUAAACACAUCAAACAUCAAAGGUGUAUUUAAAAUGUCAAUCUUUUUAAUGAAAGAAUUAACUUUAAAUUAUAAUGAUAAUAUUGCAAAUUCUACUUUAGAAACUUUAAACCAAGUAUUUUCACAUUUAAACAUGAAACCAGAACCAUUAGAAGAACCUUUAACUACUUUAUCUUCUAUCUUAACAAAACAAUUAUAUAGACAUUUUAAAAAGAAUAUGUUAUAUGAUUGGUUAAAUCUAUUUAUAAAAGUAUAUCAAUUCGAUUUGAAUACAGAGUUAACGUUGUCGAAUAAAUUGGCAUUACUCUCUGGAUAUCAUGCUGAACUUGCUAAGAAGAAACAAUGUAGAUCCAAUGAUAGAUUCUUAUUAGAUUACUUGGAGUUAUCGUUUAAAUUCAUUAUCAACCCUGACAUUGAAAUCAAUCCUGCUGACUUUAACGAAAUCAGACCUGAACUUGCUAUUCUAAAGAUAUUCACUGAUCUAUCUCAAUGUUUUUAUUGUUUAUAUUCUAUUAAAUUAACUAAUAAUGUUGAAGAUCAUCAAUGUCAAUCAUUGGCAAUGGAAUUGGAUUCACCGAAUCUCUAUGUACAGAUCUAUUAUAUGCUAAAGAUAAUUGCUGGUGAGGAAGAGGAAAUAAAUCUACCGUUGAACGGUCAAGUCAAUCAGGCAAUCAGUUUGUUACAAUCGAUCGCCACAAAGAAGGAGUUCAAGGAUCUGGUGGAGAGAUUGUACAACAAGUUCCCGGAACCACCAGAGCGUGUCACUCGAUAUCGCGCCACCAUCAAUCAAUACUUUGAUGGUGAAUCCGAUGAGAUUGUCGAGUUUCCCGAGUCAGUGUCACCGCCACGCGUCAACUUUGAAAUUCAGCUUUUCAACAACGACAAACAGCUCUCGCUGCAAGAUCCAUUGUUUGACGACAUCUACACCGAUAUCUACUAUAUGUAUGCAUCUACACUGCCAAACGACAAACAUCUCCACCUGAAAGAAGAGUUGCUAAAGAAAGAUCUCUAUUCGAAUCCCAAUCGUAUUCUUUCGUGGACGUUACUUUCCAAGAGUUUCCAAAGUGAAGUGACAACGAUCACCGCUGAGAAAGGUUGUUUGUCUCACAACACACCGGCAAUCCAACAAGAAAUAUGGAAACUCUACGCCAAACUCAGACUCAUUUACAAACACCUAGCACUACUCACACCCAAAGAAGAGAUCUACAGAUAUCUCGGACUACUUCUCUACGAACAACAUUACUUUGCUUCACCAGAGUUUGCCAGUGAUCCAACCAACCUAAAUUCACUGUUUAAAGAGGCAUUAAAAUACUUUGAACAAUCAGAGAAAUUAGCAACCAAUGAUCUUUGGUACUAUCCUUUAUAUUAUGGAAAGAUAUCAUUUAAGGUUGGUGAUGCACCUGAAGUUUACUUUGAUUAUCUUUGGAAUGCUGUACAACUACUUCCUCCUUUGACAAAGAAGAAUCCACCAAUCGAUCCAUUGUAUAGAUUGCAUACCAGUAGAUUAAAGUUGUUAUUACCAUACUCUUCGAGUUCACUUAAUGAUACACUAUUAACAUUGUUAGAGAAAUAUAAUUUUACACCACCAACUACAGCUACAACUACAACCCCUGCAACUUCAACCACUACAAAUACAACCAAUAACAUUAAUAAUAAUAAUAGUGAAGAUAAAGAAAACAAUGGUACUGAUGUAAACAUGCUUGAUUUAUCACAGGAUAGUAAUCUUGAAACAGAGGGAGUGGUCGUUGUUACACCACCUUUAUCUUUGGAGGCGAGAAGGGAGAACCUUAUUGAUAAUUCACUGGCAGCUCUGAAUUGUUGUAAAUCUUUGGUUUCGUAUCAUCACCAGUCAUCCUAUCGUGUUGCAUGGACAAUUAGAUACCAAACAACUAAAGAAGAUUACAUGGCCAAUAGCUUGAAGGAAUUCAUCAGGUUGAUGAAACCAAAGUUAUCUAGGCUGUCACGUGCUGCCGUUUGGAAUCUGUGGAAUGAAGGUUAUCUUGGUGACGGUAAACUCGAUCGAUACUUUAAGAAAUACUAUCGAUUCUUUAUCCAAUUGCUAGAGGAGAACGGUGACUAUACCAACCUAGACGUUGUCCACGCCAAGCUGAAACAAGAAGACAAGUUCAAGAACGAAGCUAUUCUUUGUUAUAGUGCAUGUUGUCGAGUUUUACAAAUCCAGUUCAUAGAUCAACAAAAACAUAAACAACAACAGCAACAACAACAGCAAAAACCAAUAUCAUCGCAACAACAACAACAAACACAACAACCAAUCAAUUUAGUUGUGUCACCACCAACUUCACCAAGUUCUCCAACUUCUGCAACUUCUUCUACUCAGACACAGUCUACAACAACAACAACUACUACUUCUACUGAAGGUAACAACCCAACAGUUGGAUCUCCAUCUUCUACACAACAACAAUCGACAACAACUUUGUCAUCUACAAUCAGUCCUGAAGAAGCUAAACUUAACAAACUACUCCAAAGUCUUUGGGAAAUGUAUACUGAUAUCACUCUGUAUCCCGACCACAAAGAUCAACUCUAUGAUUUAAUGAGAAAAUCCUAUCAAUUGGUUGCCCCACAUUCCUUAUCACCUCAAGAUAAUAUUUCUGAUGAAAAGAUUGUAGAGUUUUAUGAAAAGAAAUUCUCAUUAAAAGAUAAAAGAAAGAAAAAAUAA